CGCGGCCCUAACCCGCCUCUGUCCCUCGUUGUGUCUCCCGCAGACUGAAUCAAGAUGGCCGAUGAGGAAAUUGCCGCCCUCGUUGUCGACAACGGCUCCGGGAUGUGCAAGGCCGGCUUUGCUGGGGACGAUGCCCCCCGAGCCGUGUUCCCCUCCAUCGUGGGGCGCCCCAGGCACCAGGGGGUCAUGGUGGGCAUGGGGCAGAAGGACAGCUACGUGGGCGACGAGGCCCAGAGCAAGAGAGGCAUCCUCACCCUGAAGUAUCCCAUCGAGCACGGCAUCGUCACCAACUGGGACGACAUGGAGAAGAUCUGGCACCACACCUUCUACAACGAGCUGCGGGUUGCCCCCGAGGAGCACCCCGUCCUGCUCACCGAAGCCCCCCUGAAUCCCAAGGCCAACCGGGAGAAGAUGACGCAGAUCAUGUUUGAGACCUUCAACACCCCGGCUAUGUACGUGGCCAUCCAGGCCGUGCUGUCCCUGUACGCCUCCGGACGAACCACCGGUAUCGUCAUGGAUUCCGGGGACGGGGUCACCCACACGGUGCCGAUCUACGAGGGCUACGCCCUGCCUCACGCCAUCCUGCGUCUGGACUUGGCCGGCCGGGACCUGACCGACUACCUCAUGAAGAUCCUGACCGAGAGGGGCUACAGCUUCACCACCACGGCCGAAAGGGAAAUUGUGCGCGACAUCAAGGAGAAGCUCUGCUACGUCGCCCUGGACUUCGAGCAGGAGAUGGCCACGGCCGCUUCCUCUUCCUCCCUGGAGAAGAGCUACGAGCUGCCUGACGGGCAGGUGAUCACUAUUGGCAACGAGAGGUUCCGGUGCCCCGAGGCCAUCUUCCAGCCCUCCUUCCUGGGGAUGGAGUCCUGUGGCAUUCACGAGACCACUUUCAACUCCAUCAUGAAGUGUGACGUGGAUAUCCGAAAGGACCUCUAUGCCAACACCGUGCUGUCCGGCGGGACCACCAUGUAUCCUGGCAUCGCUGACCGAAUGCAGAAGGAGAUCACGGCCCUGGCACCCAGCACUAUGAAAAUCAAGAUCAUUGCCCCGCCAGAGCGUAAAUACUCCGUCUGGAUCGGUGGCUCCAUCCUGGCUUCUCUCUCCACCUUCCAGCAGAUGUGGAUCAGCAAGCAGGAGUACGAUGAGUCUGGCCCAUCCAUUGUCCAUCGCAAGUGCUUCUAAAGAGGGUCCCGGCAGGUGCGCUCGGCCUCUGCCGAUGGGGUUACUUCGGGUAUCCUGGUUGGGGCCAAUGUAUUUACCAAAUGGAGUAGUUCUUUGUAACCUUUGCCCUUAAAAAGCCUUUCAUGUUGGACCAAUAUUGUUUGACUUACUCGCCUCCCCUUACGUUAACUUGACUCUUCCUUUGAUGUACUGUGUAGUAACUAUACCCUGUGCAUCUUAAGCUCUGUUACAGGUGGGGCACGUGUGACCAAGGUUACCGUGAACAGUAUUAGCAGAGAGAGAGAGUUACCUGUUAGGCUUUAGUUCUCCUGUGGCUGGCUGUAGUGAUCCUCUAUUUUCCCCUCUUGAGCUAUAAAUUCCUUGGGGCUGGAGACUAGGCUAAGGGUUGUUGGCUUUACUCUGUAACUCUGAUGUAAUGGCAUCUCACAAGUAGAUUUGUAACUAACCCGACAGCUGAUAACUGUAAUACGAUUGACAGCUCCUUGUUCAAGGCAAACUAAUAAAUUUCUGUGGUUUAAAA